AUGCCCCAAGUCGUUGUAGUGGGUGCCGGUCUCCACGGGCUUAUCGUCGCAAAGACAUACCUGCAGAUCGUGGGUGCGUACAAGAGUGAAAAGACAGAACAAGACUAUCAAGACGAGGACGAUCUCUUGAUUAUUGACUCUGCGUCUGACAUUGGCGGCACUUGGUCGCGCGACAGGCUGUACCCUAACCUCCUGAGCCAGAAUUCUUACGGCAAUUACGAGUUCAGCGACCUGCCUCUGCAUGAUGCCGUUCCGGAUGAUUCUGAACAGGAGGGCAAUUCUAAUUUUAUUCCCGGGUGGAAAAUUAAUCGCUAUUUGCAUGUUUGGACUGAGAAGUGGGAUUUGAAGCGGCGAGUUCGGUUGAAUUGGAAGGUCAAUCGUGUUUCUCGAUUGCCCACGAAAAAAUGGUCGUUAGAUAUCGCUGACCAGACAAAAUCACCGUCUACGCCAUUUACUGUUACGUGUGAUAAGCUUAUCCUUGCUACGGGUGUCACUUCUGAGCCCAAUGUCCCCGACAUCGCGCAUACCGGAGACCGUCCUGUCCCCGCCGUUCACACCAGAGACGUUGGAAAAUAUUGUCGCGAAAACUUCAGAUACCAUCCAGUCCCACAAGUGCAGGAAGAUCUCAAGAAAGAGGCACCAUCGCCAUCGUUCCCCAAAUCAGUCGCUGUGUACGGGGGUGCCAAAUCAGCCUUUGAUCUUGUUCACCUCUUCGCCUCGCUCCACCGUAACAGCUCAUCAUUCAAUAUCGAGACACAGCCUGUCGAGCCAAUUCAGGUGCACUGGAUAAUCAGCGAUGGUGGGCGUGGUCCAGCAUGGAUGGUUCGACCUACCACUCAACUAGGAAAGAAGCAGGUUCCAAGCGAUCAGCCUGGCUGUACCAGGAUGGUGACGGUGAUGAGUCCUUGCGUAUAUGAGAUCCCAAAACGGAUUACGUGGCCAAGUUCAAGCAUGCUGCCUCGAAUAGAGGGAUCCUGGGUACGGCGGCUGCUCCAUGGAAACCCCCUGGGCCGAGCGGCAAUAGCCCAUCUGUGGAAACAGGUGGACGCCGAGAUUCACGCGUUCGCAAAAUACGACUCGCACCCAAAGAUGGACAAGUUGCGUCCAGCCAUGAGCGCAAUCGAUUGUACGUCGCCCGGUGGAAUCGCCAACCACCCAGAUCUCUGGGAGACAAUCCGCGAUUCAAAUGUACACGUCCACCGAUCAAGCAUCACUCAAGUCUCGAGCAAGUUGCCAGAUACGAGUAUCGAUCUCAGCGACGGGACUCAUAUUCCAGCCGUUGACCUGCUUGUCCACGCAACGGGUUGGAAGUUUGCCGUUCCAAUUUCAUUCGAUCCUCCCGCUUUGGGUGCGCAUCUCGGGCUGCCAUGCGAAAUAGAAUCUGAGUAUGACUGGGGGCCCAUUGAGGGAGAGGUUGAGGCCAAGAUGCGGUCCACCCUCGACGCCAGGCUCUUCAAGCACGCCGCACCCCCCACGCGUGGUACCUAUCACCUCUUCCGACGCAUCGCCUCGCCGUCGUUGAUUGCAGAGGGAGACCGCUCGUUUGCAGCCAUGGGGGCCCUUUACAACGGCGCAGUAUCGAUUGUAGCCGAAGUGCAGGCUAUCUGGGCAGUGGCCUUCCUCACUGGCGGACUUGACGAGAUCUGUGACGGGCCUCUUUCUAACCCACAGAAGGUGUUUCAAAGUGUGGCGGAGGACGUCGUGUGGAGCCGACUGAUCGGCACGGCGCUGAACGUGGACACGCUUCCGUACAACGACAUGUUGAUGCGCGACCUCGGGCUGAAUCGGCACCGGGCAGGCGGAGGGUGGUGGAAAGAGCUGACUGCGGUGUAUGGGCCACGGUCGUACGCAGGAAUCGUCAACGAGUGGAUGGAGAUGCGGGCGGGGGGGAGAGAAUAA